CGCUCACCCCUAGUCUGACUGGUUAUCCUAACAUACACAAAAUGAGAAGUCUAUAUUCGUGGGUUAGGUAGAACUUAGAAGCAGCUUCAUUCUUUUUCUAAACUUCAUACGCACAAGUAGCAACGCCCGCUCCCAGCCGAACAGAACCCCUCAGCUGACCGCAAUCGGAGCUCCGCCAGUCCACCUCCAACCUCCGCCGUCCGCGCCGCUACAAGUCUCUGUCUCCAGGACUCAACUCGCGAUUGCCAGAACUGAAUUUCCAUUUUGUAUAAACCCGUCCUGACCGCACCAUGCCCACCGCCUUGUCACCCUGCCUGCUCUCUGGAAACGUGCACGUAGUACCUACACAAUUCCAUCUUCUCCGACAAUCACCACCAUUCUUUCGGUUGUCAUUUCAUUCUUUCUUCGCCACCCCGCUGUCUAGCCGCGUUUAUCCCAAAAGCUCAUCCUUAACAGGGAAGGAUAUUAGAAUAUUUGGAUCUUGGAAGAAAACAUCAAUGUCUGAUUUUGUUGCUGGGGAGAUGAAGGCCAAAGUUCAAGUCUUUGAUUCAGAAGAGGAAUUAAAGGGGUCUUUGGCGAAAUACACUGCUGAUUUAUCGGAGAAAUUUUGCAGAGAGAGGGGCUCCUUCUCCGUAGUGUUCUCCGGCGGUUCCCUCAUCAAGUGUCUCGGGAAAUUGCUUGAACCUCCGUAUAUUGACUCGGUCUACUGGUCGAAGUGGCACGUAUUCUGGGCAGAUGAGCGUGUGGUUCCAAAGGACCAUCCAGAUAGCAAUUACUUGCUCGCUUAUGAUAGUUUUCUAUCCAAGAUACCAAUUCCUGCUGGUAAUGUGUAUGCCAUAAACGAUGCCUUGUCUGCUGAAGGUGCAGCCGAUGAUUAUGAUACCUGCCUCAAGCACUUGGUCAAUACCAACAUUGUGUGUACGUCUGAGGCUAGUGGAUUUCCACAAUUCGAUCUAAUGCUUUUGGGAAUGGGUCCAGACGGGCAUGUUGCUUCUUUAUUUCCCGGUCAUCCUCUUCUCCAAGAGAAGGAGAAGUGGGCAACAUUCAUCAAGGACUCUCCAAAACCGCCUCCAGAAAGGAUCACUCUCACAUUGCCUGUAAUAAACUCUUCUGCAAACAUUGCACUUGUUGUACCCGGCGCUUCCAAGGCGGAUGCUGUGUAUUCAGUAUUGAGAGGCAGUCAGAAUGCGGUUUCAUUGCCCGUGCAAAUGGUUUUGCCCGAAGGGCAAUUGGUUUGGUUUUUGGACAAGGGAGCUGCUUCAAAGCUCUAAGCAUAUGCGAGCUCUCUUGGUAAGUGCGAUUGAUCAAAAGAUAAUAUCCCUUGUCUUUGCAGGAUCAGGAUGUGAACUGGGACGGGAAUGAGAAACUAUUUUGAUGCAAUAAGAUGAUUCCCUCGAAACCCAGCAUACUCCGCAAUAAACUAGUGCUCCGUAAAGGUGUAAUUCUAUUUUGUUUAUCAUUCAAACAUUGUUUAUUUUUAAAAUAACGUUUCAAACUAAACUACAGCUAUUUAA